AUGGGUAACACUACAUCAUACCAGUAUCCACCGUUACAGCCCGGGGAGUUCAGACUACUACGCCUUUGCCAUACAUGGACCACCAACAAGCUUAGCCUGGAGAUCAAGACAUAUCAACUAUCCUCAUGUCCGCAAUAUGUCGCUCUGUCUUAUACCUGGGGUGAAGCCACCGAAACCGAAGACAUCUUCUUGAACAACAGAACUUCCUCCAUCCGCAGGAAUCUUGCAGCCUUUCUCCGGCAGGUCCGAUGCGAUGCCGAUGCUCCAGGUCGUGAGCUGUUCUACGAUGCCAAUCUCGUUGAAAUCGAAAGUGAUGUACGGUACAUGUUACCAAACUUUGACACCCUGGGACACUUCUGGGUAGAUGCAUUGUGUAUCAACCAGUCAAACAACCCUGAACGUAAUGAUCAGGUUGCCAUGAUGAAGCGCAUCUACGAAGGCGCGGAAAAGGUCGUCAUCUGGCUAGGUCCUGCAGCUGACGAUGGUGACGAGGCUAUAAAACUGAUCGAGAAGCUUGCUCAACAAGAGCGUAAGCAUAAAUCUACAGCAACAUCACCCAUUGAUCCCGCUUGCUGGGAGAUCAUACAAGCCCAUCCAUCGGCAGUCGAAGCCGUGGGCAAGCUCUUCCACAGAGAUUGGUGGUCCAGAGCAUGGAUCCUACAAGAAGCGACUGCUCCUACAAAAUCCCGGGUCUCUGUCUGGUGUGGCUCAAGUAGAAUCGACUGGUUCUACAUCUCACUAGCAAAUCAAACCUUCUACGAGGCGAUGUUACAGAAGGACUUCACACGUUUCUCACACAUAGGGAAUGGCAUUAUCAUGUGGCUGGCAGGUACAAAGUUCGCGAGGCAUGAUCCUGCUAAACACUAUCCACUCGACAUCCUGCACCUCCUGCGCUUUGCAAAGUCCUUCGAUUGCACAGAUCCACGAGACAAGCUAUACUCUGUACAGUCCCUUGCAUUCGACGGCCAACACGAGGACAUCAAGCCCCGUUAUGAGGCACCUGUCGAAGAAGUCUACGAAGCUUUUGUCCGGCAUAUGAUCCGCAAGCACGAUACUCUGGACAUCCUUGGGUUCUGUGGUGUGGAGAAGUACCUACACACCCCUUCGUGGGUCCCCGACUUUUCGAACUCGAACAUACAGGACCCCUUUCCCACCCGAAGCUGGAUCGAGCAGCAGCAUGGAACUGUCUAUAAUGCCUGUGCUAGUCGGCCUGCGAAUGCUCACUUCAACGAGGAUCAUCACAUUCUCAGCGUUUUCGGCAUAGAGUUUGAUGAGAUAGUCGAAGUCUCUGAGCCACGCAUGUGGUAUGAGCCCGGCGAUGAGGAGCAGGAUGCACAGCUAGCAUGUGCCUGGGCUAGAUUUGCUUGCUCAAACACCUCACACGAUACGCCGUACCCGUCCGGUGGCACCGCUGCCGAAGCGCUCUGCCAUACUAUCUGCAUAGACAUCUCAGACGACGACGAAGAAUUCGCUGAUCGUGGCUACAGCGCAGAAUGGUCGGUCGAGGAGAUGCUUAUUGGAGAAUCUAGCGAUGUGCCAUCCUCCAUCUUCACGAGUAAGAUGAUCGUGCACAAGACUACCAUGCGCCGUAGACUAUUUCGAACCAAGAGAGAUUACUUGGGAAUCGCUUCGAUGCAUGUUGAUAUUGGCAACCGUGUUUGUGUUCUAGAUGGUGGCCGGGUACCUUUCGUGCUUGUGCAGAGAGAUGAUGGGUACUGGUCGUUGUUAAGUGAGUCUUAUGUUCAUGGUAUCAUGGAUGGCGAGGCGUGGGAGGUUAAAGGUGUGAUAUGUGAGCAGGUCGAUAUUAUCACGACGACGGCCUCGAGGUCAUCCUCAAGCGAAGAUGACACUGUCAUCCAGGAACACUACAUCGAGAUUCCUCGGGACCCCGAGUCGAAAGUCUACGUGCACUCGACUCGGGUCUCUGUCCCUGCUGGAGAGCAUUUUGCAGUGGUCAUCAGAAUUGCUCCUCCCUUCAAGACAUACAGUUCCAGCGGCAUUGGGGUCACAAUCUCCUUUGGCCAUGGUCAAUCCCAGCACCAGCAAACCACUUGGAUUGGCAAGAACACGCUGAAGGCCGCCGAUAAUUUGUGUAUAGAGUCGUUCUACCUCUGGGCCCGCUCAGUACCACCACUCGCCUUUGCCAUCAUGCAGAAGAGGAGAGAUUGUCCUCUUACAAGACUCGCCUUCACCAUGCCUGCACCAUGUGGCAGUAACAUCGCUCGUGAUAGAGUAGCCACCGACAGCGAUUCGGCAAUUUCGAGCGACGUCUCGAUCAUUGUCACUCGCGGUCACCUGGUAGUGGACCCAAUCGGCGCCAAUUUCGCAAAGGGGCGCCACAAUCCUUGGUCUGAAAUACUGAGGGAUCGUGCUCUCACAGAAGCACCGUUCCAUCACUCAUGGACUCUAGACGACAGGGAGUCCUUCGAAUCUGUCGCCAGAGACUGGUCAAGCCCUUUGGGUGGUGCUAAUGGUCGGCCGUACAUCUUUCACUUCACUAACACUGGAAGCUUAAACGACCCAGAGCUACGGGCUUCCCACGGUGUUCACGGCACGGCACAUCAGGCUACGGUGCUAAGAGGUACAAUACGAUAUCGCGACAAGGAGAACGAGUGUGUUCGAGAGCAGGACGGAAACGUCGAAUCCGAGGAGGAGAGCUUCCCGCCAUUGGUCGCCGAAGACAAUGGUAUCGAAAGGGACCACGGUCUUGAAGAGGAUGCGACAAGUUUUCAACCCGUGAAAGUUGAUGCAAGCGCGGACAACGAGCGGGAAGAUGUUGAUGCAGACGAUACUGCUCAGUACGAGAGCAAAGACCAUGAAAGCGAGAGGGUUGUUGACGCUGUCGACGCUCUAGGAAUUCAUAUCCGUAAGCGCCGAGCCGGUCAUACUGAUGAACAUGACGGAACACAAGCCUCGCGAGCCGGUCACAAACGGGCAACGACGAAGCGUUAUGAGCGUGACAGUGGUUUGGAGGGUGACUUCGGGUAA